AUGGAUAUGUUUGUCCUGAGGACUGGUGCUUCUACAAAUUCAGAGCAAUUAUAUAUCACAAAUGGUGAAGAAAAACCUGAUGAUACUAAGAAUGCCGUUGAGGAAAAUCAUGUCGAGAAAAAUAAUGCUGCGGAAAAUGAUGCCGAUCAGCACACGGAAAAUUUUAGUGACCAUGAGAAUCUUGGAAAUGCAGAUGAGCAGGAUUCACUUAAAUCUGUUGGUUUGGAUGUUAAAGAUGUUCGUGGACAAGGGUAUGACAAUGGUUCGAACAUGAAGGGAAAACACCAAGGGAUUGAAGGUGCCAUCUCAUAUUUUAAGAAGUACAAAAAUGACGGCUUUGCAACUAGUCUGGAUAUUGCGAGAUCUAUUGCAAUUGACAUGGGUGUACAACCUUUGUUUCCUGUCAAGAGACGUAUUACUAGAAAAAGACAGUUUGAUGAAAUUAGUGGCAAUGACGAAAAUAACCAGAAUGAAGAAACGCAAGCAAGUGAGGUGGAAUCAUUUAGAGUUAAAUACUUUUUGGUGAUGAUUGAUGUUGCAAUUGCUUCCCUAACUACUAGAUUUGAGGAACUGAAGACAUUUGGGAGCAUAUUUGGUUUCUUGUUCAACUCGAAAGAGUUGAAGUCCUUGGGUGAUAAUGAUCUAAGAAGAUGUUGCACUAAUUUUGUCAACAAAUUCACUCAUGGUAAGUCAGCAGAUGUCGAUCUAGAUGAUUUCGUUUCUGAACUAAAAGUACUGCAGAUGACAUUGCCAAACACAUUCAUGUCAGCGGAUCAGAUAUUUGAUUUUGUUAGAGAUGCGGAUUGUUAUCUAAAUGUCUCAAUUGCUUAUCGUAUCCUUUUGACCGUACCUGUGACUGUUGCAUCAGCUGAAAGGAGUUUCUCAAAAUUGAAACUAUUGAAAAAUUAUUUGAAGUCAACGAUGUCUCAAGAAAGAUUGAAUGGAUUGGCCAUGUGCUGCAUUGAGAAGAAUAUGCUGCAUAGUAUUGAUCUUGACACUCUCAUUGAUGAUUUUGCGUCAAAAAAUGCACGAAAGUCUCGUUUCACAUGA